GUGUUUUUGUUGCUCUGUUUUGUCUCGCCAUGGGUGCUGGCGGCUCCACAGUGAUCGAGGAUGAUGACGUCAACCCCACGGUAGAGGAAAAUCGCGUGGAGGAGCAUCCUCGUGCGCGCGAGCACGGCCGCGCCAGCGUUACGGUUUGCCGAGACUUUGCCAAAGGCUCUUGCAAGUACGGCGACCGCUGCCGCUAUUCGCACGAGAACGGUGCAAGCAGCGCAGCUGGGAGUGGCGAGAAGAAGCUCUGCCGUGAUUUUCUCAAGGGCAACUGCAAGUAUGGUGACCGCUGCAAGUACUCCCACGAUCAAGGUGGCACUCCAGGAGACCGCAGCCACAUACCCUGCCGCCAGUUUCAGAAGGGCCACUGCGUCUUUGGCGACCGUUGCAGGUACGGCCACGACGGUGAGCCUGGCGAAGCGCAAGGCUCGGAUGCCAUCACCAUUCCCAUGGCCAGCGUCCAUGUGGUGAAGAGGCAGCAGCUGAGCUAUGAGGAAGCGGCUGAAAUGCUACAAACAGCGGAGACCGACUGCAUGCAGAGGUUGGAGGCGCUGGAAAGUCAGCGCCAGGACCUCUCGGCGGAGGUGCAGGCGAUGGAGCCGGAGGAGCGCACCAAGAGCCUGGGUGUCGUCUGGCAGUAUGGAGGGAGGAAGAAGCUGGCUGCUGGGGUAGCGCGAUGGCACGAAUUUGCGGCAUCAGAUAGCCGGAUGGUGGAGGAGGAGUACCAGCGCUGGAAGGCUGCUGGCAGCUCGAAAGAUCCAUCCAGUUGCCGAGUGGAGAUCAACACCGAGGGAGGCAUGAGGCUAUCGCUGGACUUCCAUCUUCUCACCCAGAUGAGCGUGGGCAAGAAGGGCCGUAGAGGCCUGCAGAGGAAGCAGCUUCCAUCCAAGGCGCAAGAGCGUUGUCAGCCUUUCUUCUCGGCGGUGCUCACCGUUGUGGGGGACCUCUGCGGAAAACUGGAGGAGGUCUCUGGUCAGCUGGCUGGCAUGGAUGCCGAGGAGUCCGAGCUUCAGCAGCUACAAGAGCAGGAGAAGAAAUGCAUUGAGGCGUUGCGCCCAUCCAUCGGCACCUUUGUGGAGCUUUCGAUUUUCUGUGGAGCGAAUGCGAUGAUGGAGAAGCUGGAGGCGGUGUUGGGGGAGCGGCACGCGGCGAGCUUGGGCGUCGCUGCCGGCGGCCGGGAGAUGCGAGUGGAGGCGGUCUGCAAGGCGGUGAAGGAGGCCUUCCAAAUCCGUGCCUAUGGCAAGGGCCUGCAGGAGGGGGAAAGCGCCUGGAGCCACCUCAGGCCCCUGGUAUUUGGAGGCCGCAAGUUCUACGAGAAGAACAUGCUGGAGCUACGGGAAGCCAUGGUGAAGUUUCGGGGCGAAAGCCUGGAGAAGAAGCGGCGGCAUGCCUUUAUGGCGGCUGGGACGCUGCUCCACGAGUACAGCAGCGACCACGCCUUCCAGCGGGACCUCCGGGGCCGUCUCGGGAAGCUCUUCGAGGAGGGUCUCAACGAAGCGCUGCGGAACAACCUGGACUUCGUCACGGUGAAGUCUAUCCUGGUGGCCGCGCGGAAUAUGCAGCUCGGGGACUUCUCGGCGCCAGUGAGCCUCUGGCUGAAGCAGCGCCUCAGCUCGUCCCUGCGGAGCCAGCAGCCCGUGCAGACUGUGGUGGAGCUGGUGCAGUCCGCCAAGGAUUUCCCGGGCUUGGAUGGCGUGGCCAUCGUGAAGCCUUUGGUGCCGCAGAUCGUGGACAAGUGCCAACGGGCCAUUCUGUCCCAGCAGCUUUCUGCUGCGAACGUGAACCAGGUGGGGCUCUUUGCAAAGAUUCUGGGGUCUGCAUUUGAUCAAGCCCUCUUCGAGUCUUUGAAGCCAAGCUACGAGAAGCACCGCGCAAUGCUCACCGAGUGGCUGGUGGCAUAUACCGAGCACACAGGCGCAGAGCUACCGCCGUACUGCAUGAACGCCAACCAGAAGGAAGCCUUUGACUUGCUCCGCCAGGCCAUCGAAGCUGGUGAUGUGGAACAGCUGAAGCGAGCGGCCAUCGAGGCCAAGACGGUGCCAGACCUCAAGAGCCACGAGGAGUUGUGCCAGGAGUUCAUACGGGCUUUGGACAUCCUCAAGGAGCAGGCUCAUAUGCCGCCAGGCUGGGACCUGGAGGACUUGUUGGGCACCGAGAAGAUGUUCAGGAAGAAGCCGGUGAACGCGGAGCGCGCGCUGCAACUCUUCCAGGUGCUGAUGACCUCAACGCAUCAGAAGCGCUGGACCCGGGACCGCGCCACCCGUGGGGACGGCAAGAAGAUCGCCGACGCCUUCGAGGUGGCCCGGGUCACCGAGGUGCAGAACCAGGCGAGCUGGGAGAACUACCACCGGCGCAGGGAGGAGAUCGUCAGGGAGUGCAAUCCGCCUGACCGGGAGCCGUACGCUCCCCUUUCUCCGGAUCAAUGGCAGGAGUGGAGUGGUCGAGUCAUGACCGAUGAUAUUGGCAACGAGAUCGCUUCUGCUUGCCGGCUGUCACCUUUGGAUCCACGAUGCAACGAGUUCCUGUUCUUCCACGGCGUCAAACCGCAGGUGGCGGAUCUCAUUGCAGAGAACCACUUCGACAUCUCGUUCGCCUCCAAGGACGGCAUGUUCGGUGCGGGGCUCUACUUCGCGGAGGCGUCCUCCAAAUCCGACGAGUAUUGCCAGCCCAACGAGGCCAACGAGUUUCCCAUCAUCAUUGUCAGAGUGAUUUUGGGGCGGCCAAACUAUGUGGACGCCCCCAAGCCCUUCGACGACCCAGGACGCAGACAGCUGGAGCACAGCUGCAUGAGUGGAACGUACCACUCCGUCAUUGGUGAUCGCAUCAAGGUCUCCAACACCUACCGAGAGAUGGCCGCGCGGUACGGGGGAAGGAACUGGGACCUGUGUUUUGCGCGUGGGACCCUUUGAAGGGGACAACCAACAACUGUUGUGUACGACCACUACCAGGCCUACCCUCACUUCAUUCUUUGGUAUCGGCGCUCGUGACUACCAAGUAAUCACGACGACGAGAAGUGGCAAAGCGGUUGUUUUUUCGUGACGCAGAGCUACACAAACAUCAGCUUGCGGAACCUGCAAUUCCGGGUGCAAAAAGGGACUGCUC